GUCAGAGCUCUCCAGCCUGUACCCUAAUGAUGGCAUCUUCAGGCCUGUGUCCUUCGAGUGCUGUUUCCACCAAGAUGAAGUGUGGAAGUGCCUGCACCUCAGAGUCCUUCCAGGUAGUGCCCUGCCCCACUGGAAUGCUCCUGGAGCAGUGCUUGGCCAUGCUGGCAUAAUGCUCCAGUCCUCAGCUGGAGUGUGCCAGACUUGUGCCUGGAGCCUGCCUGCUCUCCUUCCAGCUCCAGAGACACUGAAACUGGACCCAGUGCCAGCACAUCCCCUCCUGGAGCUCUUCAAGGGGGACACAGUCAUGCAAUGUGAGCUCUCCUAGAGUCGGGACAGCAACCCAAGCUUCAACUGCAGCAACUGAAUCCUCAUCUGCAAGAGCUUCUCCUGGGGCUGGCACUGCUGGCAGAUGAUCAUGAACACCAGGAGCCACUGGCACCUGGGCACCAUCAGGGGCACAGUCAGCCACAAAGGGAAGCUCAGCAAGUGUCCUGAGAGUGGUGUUUGGCUCAUAGGCCUGAAGGAUGGGAAGGUCUAUGAGGCCUUCAGCACCCCACGGGUCACACUGCUGCUGACAGCGUGGCCCCGGUGCAUCGGUGUCUACCCACACUAUGAGAAGGGGGAACUGAGCUUCUACAAUGCUGACAGCCCUGACGAGCUCAGUCCCAUCUACACCUUCCAGGCAGAGUUCCAGGGACAGCUCUAUGCCAUCGUGCAUCUGUGCUGGCCAGAGUGAGGGCCUUUCCCCCCCAUCAUCCUGCCCAUGCCUGCU